CUCGACCUUCGCGAUAUUUCAAAGGUCGGGCACGAAUUUGUCUUCAAAUUUGAUAAGUGACGGCGCUGUGCAUUCCUUGGCCACAAACUAGUAUUCAACAGUCUUCAUAGACGUUAAUUACUGUUUGGAGUUGUGAAAAUCGGUUUCAUACAUCUUAUUCUUAGUGAUAGCUGCAGCCAUACAACCAUCAUACUUGUUUGUAAGUCGUCACAAAAACUAUUUAUCUAUUUCACGGAAACUUUUUCGUUGCAAUAUGGGUUAGCUGUCGGGACUUCAACGGUGAUAAUAGAUCGAUGUUAUUUGACCUAUAUAUCUGUGAAUAGAUAAAUCUGUGGGAUAAUUAGUUCGCCUACCAGUUCUCACAGAAACUUAAGCCAUGUUUGAUGGUUAACUUUGUGUAAACAUGCAACCAAUGUAUAUACAACCUGUGGGUUCAGUCAACUUUACGAAAUCCAAAGCUGAUGCACCAUUCAAAAAUACGACACAAAUAGUCUUCAGUUCAUCUUCUGCAACUGUAUGCUUAUACGACUCACAUAAACUGGAGUGCUUUCGUGACAGUCCAAACUGGUCCCAUCAGUUUACAUGGAUACCCGUUUUACAUCUUAAAACUUUACUAAAGAAUAUAACAGAUUCUCCUGAAGAUUUGCAUAAUUGGCAUAUUGUGAAGGCUAUAUUCGUAAACACAUCAACUAAAGCAAGACAAUCUUUAGCUGUAAUUCUUGUUAAUGUUGAUCAUAAUCUUUCCAUCGUCUGCUUUUUUCGUUCCUUGAGUUCAACCAAAUGCAUCAUAUCUGUUUUAAUACACGGAGUGUUAACUACUUUAGAGUGGUUGCCACUUAUUGACAUGACAUGUAAAACACCAGAAUCACUAUCAUUAGCAUCAACCACAAUGGAUAUGUGCUAUGAAGAAACCACCAAAGGAAGUAGCAAAAUAUCGAAUUCAGUGUUGUCAAUUUUCGAUGGUUGCUUUGCUCUUGGAUUUCAACAAGGACUUGCAGGUUUACUGGAUAUGUGUCUCACAUACAAUCGUGAUGAUCACUUGGUGGAUGAUAAACCUGAAAUGUCAGUUGCAGUUGAGAGAUCGCAAUGUUUGAAUUGUGUUUCGGGUAGAAAGCCAAUUUCUCAGUUGUCCAAUGACACUAAAAUAGAACAUGCUUUGGUUUAUUUUGAUGCAUCUGUUCUCCGAUGGAAUGAUUUCACGUAUAAAUCUGUUAGUGGUAAAACACUAGCUUCAAUUCCAUCUGCAGGUGUUUAUGUUUCUACGCUAAGUUAUAUUCCACAAGUUCAAGGAUUGGCUGUUGGUUUCAGUUUUGGUGGUUGGCAGUUGUGGUCAUUAAGUCGGUUAAAUAUGGAAUUUUGUCUACGUCAAGCCACUCCGGCUGUGCCUGUCGUGAGUUUCAAUUUUUUAGAACCAUCCGAUGAUCCAAGAUUCUGUUGUUUCCUUUGGGUUGGUUGGCAGUCCAAGCAGGAGACUGAAAGCAGUGAUGUAUUUAAAUUCACUGGAAAACCUAAUCCUACAACCAACUUUGAAAAUCCAACGGUCAAAUUAUUCCAGUUAUCGUACAAACGUCGUUAUGAAUUGGCAUCACACAAACACAAGGGAUUUAAUUUUUACUAUCAGGAUCUAAUUGGUAUCGCAGAUCGUUUGUCGACAACAUUGUCUGGUGAUAAAUCAGACGACAGCAAACCUCAGUAUCCGUCUAAACUGCUUUCUGUCCAAUCUCUCCAUGCACCAGAUGAUUUUGUUAUGGAUAGCAAUAAUAAUAAUAGUAAUUCAGGGAAUCAUUCAGUGGGAACAAUACGCUUAAUCGCAUUUAUAUGGAAAUUUUCAGAUUCCAUUAUUCGUAUCGGUUUAUUUGAUUUGGAUCGAUGGUAUCACGCACAAAUGCCAACUUAUAUUAGGUCUGAUAACACAUUCAUUGCUAUUUUUGAUGCAUCUAUUCCCAGUCAAAAAGUCCAAUUAUUGUAUGCUUAUCUAAUCGAAUCUAGUCUUAUGUCAUUCUGGAGUCGUAUAGUUCAACGUGAAUCCUGCCUAGUCAAAUGCUGUGAAGCUUAUCCUCCUCUAUUAUUCGAUUCAUCUUCAAAAUCAUCGAAAGAUCCUGAUCGAAUUAUGAUACCUAUGGUAAAUAAUAAUAAUAAUAGUGGUAGUAGUAAACGUCCACGACCAAUACCAGAAGUACUUCUACGUCCAUCAUCUUUAUCAUUCCAUUCACUUAUAUUAUGGAUAAAUGAUACAAUCGGUAAUAAUAUUUUAAAUUUCUCUAUUGGAAAUCAUCAUUCUCUUCAACAUUAUGAUUGUUUAUAUAAUAUAAGUAGAAUAAAUUUUGCAUCACGUCAAGAAGAAUGCCUUUUACAAUUGAGUAAAUAUGAAAAAAAAUUUUCAACAAUUGGAAAAAUUGGUGAUUGUAAAAAAUUUAAUAUUAUUGAUUGGUUAUCUGAAGCAUGGUUAUGUGGUUUACUAGAAUCACCAGGAUUAGAUGUAAUUGAAGAUGAUGAUUUUAUGAAUCUGUUAAAUUAUGUACAAAAAACAUUUUCUGAAAAUCAUUUAUAUCAAAAUUCAAAUGAACUUGGCAUUAAUUUAUCUUAUGGUGAAGAUUAUAAUAAAUUGGUUAUUGAAAGUUUAGACAAGUUAAUGUAUAUAAUAUCAAUGUAUUCAAAAGAUACAAAUGAUUAUAUGAAUAUUGAUGAUGAUGAUGAUGAUAAUGAUUUUAUAAGUAAUAAACGUAGUUCAAAAUAUCGUCGACUCAAUUAUACAUCGAAUUCUAUGAAUACAAAAUCAGUUAAAAUAACAACAAAGAAGUAUGAGUAUUCUUUGAAUCCUUGUUGGGUACUACUAGCUAAUUGUCUUUUAGAGCAUGGAUGUAUUAAUAUUCUGAAGGAUCUAGAUAAGUUAACACCACCAGGACAAGAAUCACCUGUCAAUCUAAACUUCAAGUAUAGUUGGAUAUGGCUACGAUUUUGUCGGCUGAAAUCACGCUUCGAUAAAUUGACGAGUUUACUGUUUACACCAAGUGGUAUUGAUCAUCACUCAAAUAUACCAGAUCUUUUGGAACUGGGCUGUACAGUCAAUCAGAUUCAACUAUUAACAACAAUAGCCAAGCACUGGUUUUCCUCUAAAUCCAGUAGUUCUCCACAUUUAUCAAUGAAGUCAUCUACCUCAGAGAAUCCUGUACAAUUAAGUAUGGAAACUUACCUAUCCUAUGCAAAACUUGUAAUUUUCUUAUUUCGUUUGGGCCUUUUACCACAAUCAAAUGAAAAACUAUGUGACAGUAAAUACUAUAGAGAUAAAUCGUCUCGAGUGAAUUCUACAGUUCUUCAAUCGUACAAUUCCUCAAUGUUAUCUGGAUCAAUUGAUGAAUUACGCAACACAAGAUUGAUGUCCAAUCAACCAGAUGACUUUACUAUGAAUAAUGAAAACAUCACCAACCAAUUGACUACUAUUGGCGAGCAUCUUUUGUACACUGCUCUUCAGUCUCCGUUGAAAAAGAAUUCUGAUGAAGAUAAUUGUUUCACUGGGAAUGAAGUUCAUGAUGUCUGGAGAGAACAAGAACAGGUGUUAGGUUCAAAUCAAUCAAGUGCCUGUAGAAAUGAUGAAAGCCUGCCUUUAUUUCACACUGAUGUACCAGAUUGGUUAAGUUAUCCACCGAGACAUAUACAAUCAUUAUGUGCUUUAUGGCAAUUGCCGUGUAAUGCACAGAUUAAGCGAUCACGUUUAGCUGUUCUAGGCUUCCUACUUUGUGAUGCAGCAGCUGAAACAUUCUUAAUUCAUUGUAACUAUCAAACUUGUCAUAGAGAUAUCGUUGACAAUGACUGUGGUAUUGAUGGUGGUGUUAAUGGCUUAAAUAAGUCGAACAGUGUUCAAAUGGAUGAUAAUGUUGAUUGUAAGACUUCUAGGGGAUUAAAAGCUUUGAAAAUGUGUCGUUAUGUUAUGUCUUUGUUUGUCAAAGAGUUCCCUUCAGCUUAUUCUCUUAUCCCUACAAUUAUAUCACUUUGGCUUAUGGAUCGAGGUUAUUUUCAAGAGUCUAUUUCACCAAAUAUAAUUUCUUUUAUUAUCAAUUCUUGUGAAUCGCAAACAAUUCCAUCAUCCUCUUGGCAAGUGUACAGUCAUCUUUUCCCUAAUCAAACUAAUAUUAUCAUUAAUCUAUUUAAACACUAUGGGAAAAAUGAUUUAAUUGGUAAUUUAUUGAAAUAUUUAAACACUAGUAGUCAUUCUCCAAAUCUAUAUAAUCAUAUUAAUGAUUGUAAAGCUCAGUUAUCAUUUCAAGGAUUAUUCAAGGUUACUUCUAAUACUACAACAACAACUACUACUAAUAAUAGUAGUAAUUAUACUCGUCAACUGCUGAAUAUGAAACCAGUCGGGGCACCUUACUUAGCUUUAUCACGGUUACGUAAUCUAAUUCAGAAGAUGAAUCAAUUACACAAUCAUAAACCUUUGCCAGUGGAUAUGUUAAAUUCUGUCGAUAAAUUGGCUCGUGAUUCUUUAAUUCAAUUGGCUGAAAUAUGUAGACAAGACGGUCGGUUAGGCGAUUUAAUUGGUUUAGGUUUAAGCAUUUGGGAGGCUAAAGUGUUAUUUGAAUAUUAUCGAAAAAUUGGACAGCACAAUCUACUAUUCCAUUGUUUUAUUGCACGUUCGCAAUAUCAGACCGCUAUGGCAAUAUUUCAAGAAUAUCGACGUGUUGUUCCAUGUAAUAAUAAUUAUAGAAGGAGUGAAGUGUUGCAUAACCCUACUAGUUUCACUGAUGAUGAACAAAGAGUACAACUACAAUUAAUGACACAGUUACUUUACUCAUGUCUACCGUUAAUGAAUAACACUCACAAUAAUAUUGAUGACCCAGAGAGGUUAACCUUACUCGGUAGUCAUAAUACUGAUUAUUUCAAAGCUUUAGCAAAUAAAUAUGUUAGUAUGGAUGACUUUCAAACUCAUUCUGAAUCAUCUUCAUCAGUAAAUAAUGAUGUUCAAGAUGCCAAUGGUGAUGUUUUCCAACACUCACUUGAUAAUGACGAGAGUUUUAUCGCUUAUAAACACACUAAAGCAGUACCAUGUUCAUUGAUAAACAUGAAGAAUAUUGUAAAACAGAAGUCAUCUAUCGAGUGUCCGUUGACUUCAGUUAAUGGUUCAAUACCAAGCGAUGAUGAUAAUGAUGAAGCGGCAGCAGACGACACUAGAUGUAUUAUCAAUAAGUCUAAUUCGUGGCUUUUAGCUACAAAUAAAAAACAUCGACAAGAAUUUUGGAAUACAUUUAAAGAAUUAAAAAGUCUUCAUCAGAGUUGUGGAUUAAAUUCAGACAUUUGGCUUAACGAAAAUCGUCGUCACACUACUAAUAGUACAACUACACCGACACCAUCAGCCAAUUUGAGUGAAUCUCGACUAAAGUUUAGCAGAAAACGUGAAUCCCCCUCUAAAGAGGAUGAUGUAACUCAACAAUUGUUAAAAUGUAUCUACACCCCACCAUCUUGUGGACGUAAGCCAGUUCACUUAAACUCUGCUAGUUAUAGGAUUUCUCCUAGUGCAUUAUUAAGUAAUUCGAAAUUCACUUUAACCAAUCAGAAGCCUGUAUCCAUUCUCAAGACAAGAACUGGUUUGCUAGACAAAGUGAAAUCCACUUCUACUACAACAGCAGUGACAACUACUACAACUGUAUCGUCUUCUCCUACAUUACAGUCAUCAUCCUCUGUAUUAUCAUCGUUUAUAAAGCCUGUUACAUCAUCAUCUUCGUCAUUAUCAAAACCAUCUACAGAGUCUAUUGUAAAAAGAUCAGAAGAAAAUUAUUUGCCAAAUUAUGACAAUAAUGUAUCAAAUGUUAAUGAAGAUGACAUGGACGUUAUUAAUGAAGUUGAGGAUUGUGAUGUCACUCUGAAUUUAUCUACUGUUCGCCCAAGUGUUGUAAACGUGGAUAAACCGGAGAGUGCAUCAAGCAACAAUGUAAAUGAGCUUAUUGAUUUCACCUUUUCUGCUCCUCGUCGUAUUUCCUUAACUUCCAGUACACUUAUUUCUGGUAAUGUAUCCACUGAAAAGAAAGAAUUCAGUUUCUCUGCACCAUUAUUGAACAAGACAUUUACGUAUAUUAGAUCAGUGGAAAAUUUUCCAGACUCAUUCCCUGCAAUCAGUCAAUCUGAUGUAUCCAGUAAAGGGGAUGAUGAUGUACUAAAGUCUGAUCAAGUAACGCCUUCUGAUGAUUACCUUAUGGAAAUUAUCAACACACCUUCUCUCAAUAAGACUCCAAUUCUUACACCAUCAAAGCUACACAGUAUCAAAGAGUAUCAAAAAGAAACUUUACUGUUAAUGGACGACUAUGUAACUCCAAAAGUUACACGAUCGCAUAGAACACGGGAUAACAAAACACUGAAACUUCCUGUGGAAUCAACAUCGGAGGCUAUAUUUGACCAGUUGGAUUAUUUGCAUCAAGAAAGGAAUCGUUGUGAUAUUGAUGAUUUCGAUGAUACAUCAUCGGUAACCAGCUCUGUAACAGAUUUAUCGGACACUGUAAGACGUUCCACUAGACGUGUUAAACCGCCAAAAAGGUAUGAUCCUUCAGAAGUUUAACAACCUAACUAUUAUUAUUAUCAUCAUUAUCGUCAACACUUAACAUUGAUAAUCUGUCUUAUGAAUGAGGAGAAAAACAACGACAAGACGAUAUGUUUACGUGAAUGUAAUUUGUUAAUUAUUGUAAAAAAAAGAGUUUUUGUUAAGUUUCUUACUCAUCAAUUCACUUGUAAGACUUUUCAUUCUUCAUACUGUAACCCAACCUCUCUUGGUCAAUUAAUCAGCUGUUAACUGUUUGCAUUUGUAUGUGCACUGGUUUUUGUUGCCUAGUAGUGAAUGAUUGAUGUUUGUGACACUGUUGUUCAAGAAGCUCAUAAGAAAACGUAUUGAAUUUCUUGUAUACCUUAGCUUUAAUUCACCUAUGUAUACACGAAAAUAAAAUUUGUUAUUGUUAUUA